UUUGUAUAGUAAUUGGAUACUGAGAGCUCUGCAUCAGCCUGCAUUGUUGUUUCAGUGACAUCAUUUCUUGGAAAAAGCUGGUUUCAGUUUAUAGGAUAAAUUUCGAUUCAGCUUCAGGAAAUUGCUGUCAAUCUGUUCAAGCAGGAAAUCAGAACAUAGGACACCCAUUCUCGAUCGACUCAACAUUAACGGGCCAUCUGAAGCUGUGAAAGAAAUUCAAAGAACAUUAUUUCGGAUUAACAUAAUGAGCAACACUCAAAGAGAUUUGUUGAAAGAGAAUCUCGAUCAGCUUCAGUGUCACUUCACGUGGGGCCCUCAGAAGGGAACCAUUGACUUGGAAGAUAUGAUGUACAGAUUGCAAGAUGCUAUAAAUCUUGGUGUGAAGUAUCAAGCCACAUGUCACAACCAACUCGCUUUCAUAAAUUGUCUGCAGGGUAAGAAUAAAGAAGCCAUUCAGAACUUAAAUGCAGCUGAAGAAAUUUUGAAGGAUAACCACAAUGAUGAAUUUGAAAGAAGCAUCAUCAUCACCUAUGGAAACUUUGCCUGGGUGCAUUACCACAUGGGACAACUGACCGAGGCCCAGUCCUAUCUCGACAAGCUGGAGAUGAUCUGUAAACCGCUCAGUGAUGGCCCUCGCUAUACAGCAAUGAUACCCGAGGUGUACGGGGAGAAGGGAUGGUCAUUAAUAAGAUCUGCAGCUCUAUUUUAUGAGGAGGCAAAGGAAUGCUUUGAGAAGGCUCUGGAGGAAGAUCCUGAUAAUACUGAGUGGAUUAUGGGGUAUGCAACUGCUCUGUAUCGUCUGGAAUUAUUUUCUGGUACCCCAGAAAAUCUGAAACAAAAUCAGUCAGUGAAGCAUCUGAGACGGGUGUUGGAUCUUGAUCCAAACGACUCCAUGGCAAUGGUGCUGUUGGCUCUAAAACUGAAACAGCUCAAGCAAAAAGAGACAGCAACUAAAUUAGUUGAACAAGCAUUGCAAAAAACUCCUGAUUUACCAUAUGUGCUUCGUUAUGCAGCAAAAUUUUAUAGAUUAGAAGAAGAUGUGGAGAAAGCCAUUAGGCUGUUGAAGAAAGCAUUAGAAAUAACUCCACUCUCUGCAUUUUUGCACGAUCAAAUUGCUAUGUGCUAUAGAAUUAAAUUAGAUGAACUGAUCAACAAUCCUCGUAGCAGAAACCCUCGCAAUCCUGCAUUUCACCAGAAAGCAAAGUUGUUCGAACAAUGCAUGUAUCACUUUGGAAAGGCAUUUCAGCACCGUCCUAAAUCUGCUAUUAAACCACAACUGGAUUUUGCAGGUGUCUGUGUAAGAAAUGGAGAGUAUUCCAAAGCUAAGGAGAUCUACAGUAAUCUUUUGAAAUUAGAUGAUAUCCGUCCAGAAAAUUUGCAGAGAAUAUGUCUACAUGCUGGGAAUUUUGAACUAUACCAGAGAAGGUGUGAAUCAAAUGCCAUCAGCCUAUUCCUUAAAGGACUGAAAGUUCAAUAUGACUCAAAUGAACGAAAAAAGUGUCACGAUAAAGUGGAGAAGUGGACAGACAAAAAACUUUGCAAGGAUCCACAUGAUAGCAAGGCUCUUGGUAUGAAAGGGCUACUGUAUCAGCUGAAUGGGAACAAGGCUAAAGCUAUUGAAUACUUUGAGAAGGCCUUGGAGUUUGACCAUGAGAACGAGGAAUAUCUGAGUGCUCUUUAUGAAUUACGUCUUUCCAUUGAGGAACAUAACAACCCUUGAAAGAUCUUUGCUUCUGCUUGAUUUGAGAAUAAGUUUGUCUCACUAGUCUCACGUAGUAUACUCUUGCAGCAUGUUCUUCACUGAGAUUUUUAUUUACUUCUUAAAUUACAGGGUUUCACUUAUUUCAAGCUACAGUGCAGAACAGGUCCGUCCAGGAAAUGAGCUACACUGCCCAGCAAACACUUAUUUAACACAGGCCAAAUCACAGGGCAAUUUAAAAUGACCGAUUAACCCACGAACUGUGCGUCUUUGGACUGUGAGAGAAGACUGGAGCACCAGGAGGAAACUCGGAGAGAAUAUACAAACUCCUUAUAGGUGCUGCCAGAAUUGAACUCCGAACUCCGAACAGCCCGUAGUGACACACAAACCACAUUGCUACCAUAGCAACCAUUUAUGAAAGUGUGAUUUUCAAAUAGUAACUUUGUUAUUAUGAUUUCUGGUCCCUGUGCUUCAUUGAAGAUUACUCACUUCAAUAUUCAGAAACAAAAGUGGGUUUGGGGAAUUAAGUCUAAAGGAAGCAACUCUGAAAAUCACGAUGAGUCUUCAUAUGAGAUUCCUUCACUGCAGGUGACACGAAGGUCGGUGGUGUUAUGGAGAGCGCAGAAGCUGCCAUAGGUUAAAAGGGACCUCUUCAGGGUGCAGAGCUGGGCUGAGAAGUGGUAGGUGGAGUUCAAUCUGGAAAAGUGUGAAGUGAUUCACUUUGGAAGGUCAAAUUUGAAAGCAGAGUAGAAGGUUAAUAGCAGGAUUCUUAGCAGUGUGCAAGAAGAGAGGGACCUUGUGGUCCAUGCCCAUAGAGCCCUCAAAGUUGCCACGCAGGUUGAUGAGUUUGGUAAGGCGAAUAGUGUGUUGGCCUCCAUUAGUGGGGGGGAUUGGAUUCAAAAGUCAUGUGGUAAAUUUGCAGCUCCAUAAAACCCUGGCUAGAUCAAACCUGGAAUAUUGUGUUCAGUUCUGGUUGCCUCAUUAGACAAUGCAGAGGAGAUUGAGAAGUAACUUGAUAGAUGUGUAUGAGACAAUAAGGGCGAUAGAUUGAGCUGACAGCCAGAGACGUUUUUUUUCCCCAGGGAAAAAAUGGCUAGUACAAGGGGGCAUGUCAGAGGAAAAUUUAAGGGGGUUAAGCGGAUUGAAGGAAAUAUAGGGGACAGGUCAGAGGUAAAUUUCUUACACAGAGUUGUAGGUGCUGCCAGUGGUGGUGGUAGACACAUGGACAAUAGAAGAAUGUAGGGCUAUAUAGGAGGGAAGAAUAGAUUGAUCUUAGAAUAGGUUCAAAGGUCGUCACAACAUUGUGGGCUGAAGGACCUGUGCUGCAUUUUAAAGUUCUAUGUUCUAUGUUUAAAUGUUAAUUGUAUUUUAGUUUUCAAUUUAUAUCUUGUACCUUAUCAAUCAACUGGAAUUUUUGAAUAGUGAUUUUUAGGAUAAGCCUGCAUUUCUAAAACACAGUCAAGAUUCUAUCCAAAGACAUGCCUGAGAGCUAAAAUCUUAAAUGGCAAGUCUGUCAUAAACAAGCUAAAGAAACGCCAGCAGAAUAUUCAGUUCAGCCUGUUGGUGACACUCAAGAAUGUCAAAUCAGUCGAAUUUCUAAAGGUAAUAUAAUAAAAGGGGUUAAAAAUAGAGGGGUUGAAGGUUGUAGUCUCAGGUCAAGCAAGUCAUGGCCAAGAACAAUGUCUCAAGUCUGUCAUCCAGGCUUGGAAUGCAAACACUCUCAUAUUGGAACUAGAGGUGAAAAGCAGGGUAUGUAAAUCACCAGAGUGUAGGACACGCAUGUUUCAGUAAAGACAAAUGAGAACGAUGGUAAGGUAAGGGAUCUUUGGAUGAUGAGAGACAUCGUAAAUUUAGUUAAAAAAGGAGAAAGGAGGCAUAUGUAAGGUAUAGGAAGAUGAAAUUGGACAGAGCCUUAAAAGAAAGCUGAAAUGUAAAGGAACAUAAAGAAAAUGAAAAAUUAAAAGUCCAAAAUGGAUAUGGAAUUUUCUUGGAGAGUAGUAUUAAAAAGCAUUCCAAGGAAUUUUAAUGUAUCUCAAAAACAAAUGGAUAACAAUCAAGAGGGUAGGACUGCUCAAGGAUAAGAAAGGUAAUUUCUUAUUCUAGAUUCCUAGACUCAAUAGAAAUGGGUGAGGUAUCAAUCAAGUAUUUUGCAUUGGUAUUCAUAAAGAGAAGGAAAUGGAGGAUAAUGAGAAUGAUACCAGACAUUCUAAUACCUAGGGCAUUUUGAGAUCAAGAAGAAGAUGGUGCUGGGGCUCUUGAAGCAUAUUAAGGUGGAUAAAUCACAAGGGCCUGACCCGAUCUAUUACUGGCUAUUCAAAGAAUCAAUAAAAAAGAGCGCUGGGACUUUGAAAACAACCUUUGUACUGUUAAUGACCACAGGUGAUGUCCCGGAUGACUGGACAAUGAUUAACUUAAUUCCUAAAGGAAGUUUGGUAUGGUAGGCACGUUAGCAUAGCAGUCAGAGUAAAGCUACUACACCAGUGUUCUAAGUUCAGUUCUGCCAAUGUCUGGAGGGAAUGUAGGUUCUCACCGUUGACUGCUUGAAUUUCUGCUGGAUGCUCUGUUUUCCUCCCACAUUCCACACUUGCACAGGUAGUGGUUACAUGGGAAUCAUUUGUGGUGCAGGUUCCUUGGGCCAGAAGGAUCUGCUACCAUGAUGCAUCUCUAAAUUAAACUAAAGAAAAGGAAAUGGGGGAAAAACCAGGAACUUAUAAAUUGGUGAGACUCACAUAAGGAUAGGAUUUACUCACAUUUGAAAGAACAUAAACUGAUUAGGGACAUUCAGCAUGGCUUUGUGUGGAGUAGAUCAUGUCUUAUAAACUUGAUUAAGUUUUUUGAGGAGAUGGCAAAGGUGAUUGUUGAGGGCAGGACAAGAAAUGUUGUCUACAUGAACUACAAUAAGGCAUUUUUACGAGAUCACUUAUGGAAGGUUGAUCAAGAAGAAGUAGACUAGUGGUGAAUUAGUGGUUUGAAUUCAGAAUUGGUUUGCCUAUUGAAGACAGAGUUUACUGACGGAAGAGUGUAAUUCUGGACUAAAGUCUGUGGCUAGUAAUGUUCCACAGGGAAACACAUAUAAAAUGCUGGAGGAACUCAGCAGGCAGUGGAGGAGGUCAUGGAAUGUGACAUCAUUCACAUCAGAAUGUGAAUGGGAAGUGGAAUUAAAAUGGAUGGCCACUGGGUGAUCCCGUGCUUAGGUCGGAAGAACAACAAUUUAUAUUCGUUUGGGUAGCCUCCAACCUGAUGGCAUGAACAUCGAUUUCUCAGACUUCCAGUAAUGCCCCCCAACCCUACCCCUGCUUCACCAUUUCCCAUCCCCUUUUCCCUCUCUCAUCUUAUCUCCUUGCCCCUCCGUUGCCUCUCUCUGGUGCUCCUCCCCAUCUGUUAUUUGUGAUAUUCUCACCCUCUCCCUUUCCCUCACCAUCUCACCCCUCUCUCUUCCACCACCCCCUCUCUCAACCCCCUCACCCUCCCUUCUCCCUCCUCCCCUCUUUACCCCCUCUACUACUUCCCAUCUACUCUCUAUCUAUCUAUCUAUCUAUCUAUCUAUCUAUCUAUCUAUCUAUCAAUCCAGUGAAGAAGACCAUCAAGGUAUACAACAGAGGAUGAGUUAAUUACAUUAAUGUACAAAGAGAUGGCAGAUGGAGUUUAAUCAGGGUAAGUGUGAGGCAUUGCAUUGUGGGAGAUCAAAUACAAGGGAAAGUCGAUAGUUCAUGACUGAAAUUUUAAGAACGGGAUCUUGGUCUAUUUCCAUAACUUCCUGUAAGUGGCAAAGCAAGUGGUAAAGUGACAUGAUUGCUUUCAUCACCAAGGGCAUAGAGUCUGUCAGGAAGUCAUAUUGCAGUUGUAUUAAACAUUGGUUAGGCUGCAUUUUGAGUAUUGUAUGGGUUGUGGUUGCCCUUUUGCAGGAAUGAUGUGGAGCCCUUGGAGAGGGUGCAGAACAGGUUUACCAGGGGAUAUUAGCAAUAAAGAGAGGUUACACAAGUGUGGGAGAAUGGGAGGCUUAGGGGAGAGUUGAUGGAAGUUAAUUAAAAUAUGAAAGGGAUAAGGUAGAUAGAAUCGCUUACCAAAGUCGAAAUAUCAAAUGCUAUAGUGCAUACCUCCCUAAAAGGGCAUUGAGGAAGGCUAGAGAGGAGAGUGUAAAGAGGAUAUGCAAGACUUACUUAGAUAAUAAAUUUACUUUAACUUAUUUUGACUUCUAAACCAAUCAGCUGUCUCACAUCGCACUCUCAGUGGUGCUGCCAUGUCCUCAGAUUUUUAUAUUUACCUCUUUUGGUUAUUUAGUUAUUGUUACUUUAGCAACUCUUUUUGCACUGUCUCAUAUUGCAUUGCUACAGUACCCUUGUGCCAUUUUGUUCUGCAUUUGCCCUGGCAUUUAUUAUUACCAAGUAUCCAGUUUGUUCUGUGAGCAUUAUACGAGCAAGGAAUUUCAUUGACAAUAAACUAAACUGAUCUAAAAUUGGUUAUCUUUAUCAAUAUCAUGCGUUGCUCUAGGAGCUCAAUGCAGAGCAUUGAAACAAAAUUAUAUUGGAAGGGAACAGGAAUGGUGUUAUUACCCUGUAAGUGCACAGGACAUUGGAGAGACCCUGUUGGGAAUUAUGCGAGAGAGUGCAACAAAGGCUUACAGCACUAGUUCCUGGCUGGCAGAGCAGAUGCAUGAGGUGUAAUAAACAUUUAUUCAUAUAUAUGUAAUUACUUAAAAUAUGAGCAGAUAAUUAAUUGUUAAGCUGCAAAGUAAAUUAAAGUUAAACAAUCAGAUCCAACAAUCUCCCCUAUAUCUGAAAAUUCAGAGGCACGUAUCUACACAAAGUUUAGAAUAAUCAAAAACUACUUAAGUUAUGAAAUACCGAAUGGGAUAUAUUUUUCAAAGUAUUCAUAGGAUUACGUCAUGACAGAUUAGUAGGCAUACUAAUGUAAGACUUAAUAAAGUUUGAAAUAUUCCAUGAAUGAUCCCAUACAAAUGAAAGAAAGAUGUAAACUGUGAUAAAUCAAAUUAGUAUGAAUAUUAGUAAGGGAAUUAAUAAGUAGAGAAAAUUGGCAAAUAGUAGAUGGCAACUAAUAUUAGAAUAAACCUCAUCAUGUCUUCUGGAUGGUUAGGGAUUUCCUCACUGUAGCCCAGCGGUGUAGGCACUCAGUCAAGAGUUUACUAGUACGUUAGCUACAGCAAGCAGCAAAAACUUGCCACUGCAAGUGAGCUAAAGUGGUAAACAGGGCCCAUUCACCAGGAAUCAAAGUGCGUCCUCCUUGUGUUGGAUCAUUCUAAGAAGCAGAAGCCUGUUGAGAAGCAGACUGUACAGCCUGGGUUAAUUUCACACAACAGUUAACUAAACUGACUGCCAGAAAGUAUGUUACUGUAUCAGACUCUGUGAAAUUGAGGGCUCCCGGAAGUGACACUGCUUAGCACCUCAAAUGGACUGUGUUUCCUUUUCUUGUUAGGGGUUGCUCUGAUGCUACAUAAGACCAUAGGAAGAACUGUGUGUAGUUCACAGUACUCCUUUCUCAUGAUAGUUAAUCAGUUGUUGUUUGAUCGUGCCAUUCAUUCAUUUGUCUUGUCCUGAUGACUCUGGGUGAUGUGGACAAUGAAAAGAUCUUUCAAAUUUCAUCAGUCAACAAAAAAAGAGAGAGAGAGAGAGAAUCUGAAUGCUCGAGCAGAAAGCUCUAUUACUACAAAGAAAUGCCCUUGUCUCAUUGUUACUGUGAGGAAGGAAGUAGAGAAGCCUGAAGGACACAACGAUUCAGGAACAGCUUCUUCCUUACUGCCAAUAAAUUGCUAAUUGAACAUUGACUCAUUUGUUUUUCUGUCAUUGCACUAUUUUUAAUUUAACUAUUUAAUGUACUUACUGUAAUCAAUUGAUUUAUUUAUCUCUCUAUAUCUAUCAUGUAUUGCAUUGUACUGCUGCCGCUAAGUUAACAAAUUUCAUGACAUAUGCCGGUGAUAUUAAACCUGAUUCUGAUAUUAUUUUAAAAAUCA